UUUGGUUCUAUAUUAAUUUUAAUUUUAUUGUAUGGCGUGUUUCUAUUUGUAUACCUUUCGGUUUCGUGACGGGUAUAGUAGGUGAAGCGUAACAACGUCUACGUAUACAAGCUGUGUCCUACAGUAUUUUUUUUUUUUAUUACCGGCUUUGUAUUUACAUAAUUCCUAUUUUACCUUAUUCCUAUUUUAACUAAAAGACUUCUGUGCGGAGAUACAAUAAAACCUUACGUUAAGUCAAGCCAAUAUUUUGUUUUCAUUAAAGUCGUUUUUCAGUCUAAUGUUCUGGCUUAUCUAACUCAACCAAUACUCUCAAGAUAUUACGCUUUUACCAGCUACUAUAAAAAGAUCUUAUAAGGCUUUAUGGACCUUUUUUAAUCAUUAAUAAAUACCUAUUUUCAUGCCCUGAUUCUGCGGUGUCAUUUGGUUGAAUGAAUGGCAACGCAUGUGUUACUUGUAAAUAUACAAAAUUACGAACUUUGCUCUGUAACCUAAAAUGAUUAUUUUCCCUGAUCGAGUAAUCCUAGACUCUCUCGCGCGUGAGUACACGCAAAGCCACAAAAGUGUGUACAGCUUUUUUAUUACUUGUAUUAUUGUAGCUGUUGUGAAAAACACUUGAGAGGUGUUUACUUCCUUUUGUCAAGUUUAAUCCUGUUAAAUAGUUUUGUAUUUGAGUUUGUGUUGCGGCGUUGCACACAUUGUUCAUUGAUGACCUUAUUAGGCAAUGUGCUACAUAAAAGGGUAUCGCGAGCGUUCAACAGUACCGUCGCAUCACGCAAACGGGCUUGCCAAUCCUUCCUAGCCUCCAUCACCCUCGUCUAGUUCAUCUGACAGUCUUGCAUCCACCAUGGCAAAUACCUGGUACCACAUCAUGUUGGGGAGCACUUUGAAAAAGAAGCUAUCGACAAUGGAGAGAUUCUGUGCAUGGUCUGGUAUCCUGUACAUGGGUCUAGCAUUCGGCUGUAUACUGUCUCCUUCCUUGGUUUCUCUUGCCUUCAACCUUAGACUGGACACCAUUGGUCAGGGUUAUGCACGGCUUGCUGGUGUAAGCUUUUUAGCUAUCGGCCUGUGCUACAUCAUUACAGCGCACACUUCACCACAGCUCAUGACGGGGAAGAGGAUCUUACUUGGAACUGUAUUUGAGAGACUUAUUUAUGUGAAUUUGGUGUUAGUUCUUCUCCAUGUCAAAUUUGGUGGAGAACUAUUAUUCACAUGCGCCUGUAUGCUUAUGGAUACUGUGCUUGCAAUCAUUACGUACAUUCUCUGGGUGCGUGAGACUCCAGAUGCCUCCAUCUCAUCAGCUUUGCCUUGGGCUUCUAAAAAAGUCCUUCAGCUAUUGCCACCAAGCUGUGAGCCAUCAACCAGAAAGAGCUCUUCUGUAGUCCAAGUGAUUGGCUAUUUGCAAGGGAUGUUGGGAACAUUGUUUAUGAUCAGUCCAGAGCUCGCACAACAGGUCUUGAAGCUUCCACCUUCUGAAGGCAUGUCCAGGUUUACUCUGGGAUUAUGCAUGAUGUGUUAUGCAGUCAUAGGAAUUUUUCACAUUUUUGCAGGUGCAGCUAAUUCCCUACCAUUUAAUAUUCUAGCUGUGUUUUAUCGACUUGCCAUCAUCAUCCCUGUAGUCAGUUGUUUGGCAGUAUUACAGCUCGCUGAUCUAAAUUUGGCCCUAUUAUUUAUUGGUUGCGACUCAAUUAUGGCUUUUGUUAUUUGCCUGUUUUUGUACUUAGAGGGUCUUCAAAUGAAGCACAAUUAAUAAACCAAACAUAAAAUUUUGUACUUCUGUGAUUAUUUUAACUGUUUAGUAUUCUGAUUAAAACAGAAAAACAUCAGUUUGAAAUUCCCGCAUUGUCCAGCAUUGAAAGUCACUGUUAAAGUAUGAGGCCACUUUCAAAAGUAAAAAGUGUAAUAACCAAUGUUUGUUCAAAGAAAUAAAGAAAAUAUCUUGUUUCUA